AUGCAGGAGCUGUCUGCUGCUGAACUUUCUAUGCUAUGGUUGUUGCGCGAUCGUCAUACCACUAAACAAGCUGUGGAGAAAGCUAUAUUGAAUGAGCUACCUCUGUGGCCUGAAGCAGUUCAUUUGGCUCGUGCGUAUCAUAGGUCGAAAAAAGACUUGGCUGGUGGGAAAUACUAUAUACUCGGAUCAGAUUUUGUCGAGAACGAAAGGAAUUCUCCAUACUCGUAUCACGAGCUAGGUCGAUAUCCUAUAAACAAGCGAAGAAACGCGUCUGUUCCUAGAAAGUCCUCACCAGAGAUAUCAGAAAAAGAGUCAUUAAGAAUAGACGCCCUGGACUACCAAACUCCUUUGACUUCUUCGGUCACCACACAAUUUCCACCGAUAUCGGAAUUGCUCAAAGACAGGGAGUCGGCGAGGGAUCGUUUUGAGUUGGAUAAGAGCAGACACAUCCAACUGCUCCAUGGCAGCGGUGCACCAACAACAUUCGAGAACAUCGAUAGAAGCGCUCUGGAUAUCUGCCAGAUUUCUGGAGAUGGCGGUUCUGAAUGUGAGGCAGGAGGGGAUGAUGUGGCUCGUCUCGCCUUAGCCCAUUCAUCUGGUGAGCUGCGAGUGGCUACGGUUUCCGUCGAGGACGAGUCAGCAAUGACGACACAGGAAGCUAGCCCAAGCGCUCCUCCUAUUCUCGGAGAAUUGCUAGAGCAGGGACAGAGCGCUGCCGCUGGAUUGCUACCGCUUGAAGACGUUCCGAAGGAAUGUGCCCUCCCAAAUGAACCUCCUAUCUUCGCUGAUUCGAACCGUGCGACUCUUCCGGAAAACGAGUCACCUCCAAGCCCAGUGCGGAAGCCUAUUUUUGACUUUUCUGAGUUCGAGUCGGAAAUAAUGCGUCAGUGUGAACGACUCUUUAGACCUCGUUCUCCCGUUAGAAAUUUCAGUCGCAUGCUCUCCUUGGAGGAUUUUCGAGAAAUGAGUAUGAGGGACGAGAGUUUUAUGGCUUUCGCGAAAGAAAGAGGAACAUCGACAGGCGGUAACUCUGAAAUGGAGGAUGUUGAAGCUGCGGUUUUAGCUGAGUUCGACAAAAUCGAUGAAGAGUUGGAACAAGCUAUCAUGAGUGGAGAAGUUAUGGAAGCGGGUGAGGAGAUCAACGCCGGUGAUUCUUUGCCAAACGAACCUAGUACUUCUGACAAAGAGAAACCUAAGCGAUGCUACGUUUAUCCAUUUGAUGAUAGCUCAAGCGUUAUCUGUUCGGAUUACUCGGAUGAUGAUAACAUAGGCACCAAUAUAUUUAUGGAAAUAAGUGAACAUCGUAGAGUGGAAGGAGCGUCAAGUCCAAGCAGUUGUAGCGAUGAUAGUGAAGCUGCUCCUCAUCCCAAUGUUUUCGUUUGGUUACCUCAAACAUGGACCUAUGAUAUAAAUCUAGUUACGAAUUUCCGAGCUCCUUCACCAAGUGCCAGAUGUGAUGUGGUGAUAAGUAGGCCAGAUACAGAAUAUGCUGAGUCAACAGUAUUAGGUGAGAACCGACGCGGGAAAGAGUUUCGAGUUCUUUCACAUAUUCUAAAAAUCCGUCUCAUUGCGGUGGAUGCAUUUGCCUCGUAA